UGCGGGAAAGCUUUCAGUUGUAUUUUGUUUCUAUAUAAUAUAUGCUCAGUCAAAUAAAACAGAACGGUAGAUGCGGGACGUUGGAGUCACCUAGGAAGUUGUACGACAGUCUACUUCUUAACGUCUACGGCAAAAUCGGUGAAAGGGAAAAGGACGUAUUUGAAUUUUCGUUCAGAAAUGACCUGUCGAGUUCAGAUCUAGAGAGCCGAAAUCCAUUGAAGUGGUUUCGCAUUUUGGAGCGACGAGGGAAGCUAUCGUGGACCGACGUUGAGUCCUUGGUUCAUUAUCUUAAAGAGGCGUCACUUGAUUCUUUGGCAUCUCAAGCUCGUCAUUACCAGGCCAGAGUUCGAGUUAUCAAAUUCUUUCAACGAUAUCUCCAGGAAAGUCUGCCUGGAAUCCGUCUCGACGAUAAGUUAAACGAUAAAUGGUGUUCAGAGGAAAACCUGCCAAAGCACUACUUGAAAAGAUGUCAGGAAUUGCUUCGAGGGGCACAAGAUUAUGAUAUAUCUUUAAACUAUUUGCGGAGUCUAUUUUCUAAAGGAAUGGUUAUAUUGGUAAAGAGUUGUUCUACUAAUGAUUCCCAGUCAGCUUGUUUCAAGCUGCUUUACUUAGCUGAUCUAUUUUACCAAAGAUUUAAGGGAGUGAUAGUCGCUGAUAAAGAACUGCUGAAUAUCAAGCCUCUUUCGUCAGGUAAAUUUGUAUCUCUCGAUGGUCGUGGAAGAACGCCAGUAGUUCUCAGACGAAGAAGUUCAGUACAAGUUGAAGUUUUUCAGCAGUUUAUUCAGAGGCGAGGUUUACAUGAAUUCAACAUGUCGUUCACUGUAUUAAUGUGUGUAAUAUUACCACUGGCUGGACUUGUUACAAGUUCAGUACUAGGUAUGAUUUCAAAAUAAAAAAGCUAGAUAUCUGAUUAAUUUUGGUUGAAAAUGGCUCGAUCUUUGAAUAGUAUAACAUCUUGUAUCAAUUAUUUUUCCAGAACCAGUGAUUUCAUAUUACAAGGCCCUAUAUAUUUUACUGACUGUGCCUUGAACAUAACUACAAUUGAUGAAAAAAUUACACUUUCUAUAACAUUUCCUAGUUUGGAAAAUUCCUCGAUAUUAAUAUUAACAAUUGAUGUAAACCAAUCGAAGCCAUUCUUAACCAAAAUUAUGUUAAAUGCCGGAGAUAAAAGGGGAUCCGCAUAGAGUUGGAUAAUGCAGGAAAAGUUAAAACUAAAAGGAUUUAUACUAAAAAGAGAAUAUGGGGUGUGAGAAAAAAAUUUUUGCAUCACAAGAAAACUGAAUUCAGACAACGAAAUGUAAAAUGAAAGUUUGAAACCAUUGAGGAAAAAAAGAUAGAAUUAAUUAAAAAGGAAACAAUAAAUUAAAAGGAAUGUGACAAAACACGGAUAGCUUACGUUAAAAGUCACAACGAAAAGUCAAAUAUGAUAUAAGAAACCAGUAAAGAAACACGAGACAAAAUGCGUGCAAGACGUAAAAUAAGGAGGAAACACAUUAAAGCUUAUAAUAAUGGCUUGAAGAUAUUAGUGAUUUGUUAAAAAGAUAACAAAUUCACGAGUGAUACAGAUAUUAAAGAUUGAAAGAGUUUAAAAGAUUAUAUUGACAUGGGCAAGCAAGUUUGACUCCCUUGUCGGAAGAAAUAAGAAAACAUGAAACAAUUUGAAAGUUGGAAAAAGGUGUAAAAUGAAAUUAAACGAAGUGAGGUAGUUAAACGCCUCUCAGUAUUUAAAACAAAAGUGAAGUUUUAAAUGAAGUGUAUGAUUAUAAAUAUACCUCUGAGUUAGGAUAUUUAAAACAAAAAUGAAUGAAGUUUUAAAUGAGGUUAAAUUUUUAAAGAAAAAAUUGAAAUAUUGUAAACAAUUUAUUGACAUUCAAUGAAAAUAGAUUUGAACGAAAAAUGAUUAUAAAUGUAUUUUUACAUGCAGACAAAAAUAAAAUUGUAAAAAUAACAAGCCCUGGUAAAACAAGAAUGAAGUUUGAAUAAAUGAAGCUAAAUUUUUUAUUAUUGAUGUGUGUGCGUAUGUAUAUGUGAAAUAAGGAUGAAUAGGUGUAGUAAGACAUCUUAGUUGAUAGAUGUAAUGAAUUUAAAUGAACAAAUACUACAUAAAAAGCAAGAACGAUGAAAAUAAUUGAUAUUUUGUAUGAGCAUAUAACAAAACAAACAAAGUGCAACUGAGAGAAAAUGCGUUUCAUGUGUAAAAAAUUAGUAUUUGUAUAUAGUACAUUUCUAUACAGAUAUUUGGUAGACUUGUUGACGUUUUAGUAUAUAAUAAACAUUUGUCACUAAGAAUCGCUGAAUAAAAUGUGUAUUUAUUG